UCGUCCGGUCCGGAGUCCGGUGGUAAUAUUUUUUUCGUCGUAACCUGACCACCCGCUCGCCUCAGCAGCCCUCCUCUCUGGACGACGGCCUGACGCCCAAUUCAUCUGCCAUAACGCUCGGGUCGGUUAGGAGAAAAUGAGGUUUCCAAGCUUACUGAGAGCUUCCAAUUUUCUCCGCAGACUUCAGGGAUUGGACUCCUGCUCCACUUCGACUUCGUCGUCUCCUAUUCUAUUGAAGUUGCCAUUGCAAUCGAUAAAAUCGAGCUUCUCUGCCGCUCCAACUCGUCAAUACUCUACCGAAACCACUGUCCACCUUUCGCCAGAUAUCCUUAAGAUAAUGGAACAAAGCAUGAUGGCGAUAGAGCUGAGAAGUGCUUUUCUUAAUGAUCAAAUUAACCAGCCAACAGCCACAUCAAUUGAGUAUUCAAGAGCCAACAAGGAGCUCCGGAAACUUGGGAGCUCUUUGGAACUAAUUAAGGAAGUGAGGGCCAAAAGGAAGGAGAUUGAAAGCCUGAAGUCAUUAAUGUCUGACUGUUCCGAAGAUAAAGAUAUGUGUGACAUAGCAUCUGAGGAAUUAGCUGAAGCUGUUGAGGAAGAGGAAAGGUUGUUGCAUUUAUUGCUUAAAUCUUUGCUCCCAAAGGAUGAUGCUGAUGAAAGGGAUUGUAUUCUUGAGGUGAGAGCAGGGACUGGAGGAGAAGAGGCAUCUUUAUUUGCAAUGGAUAUAUUCAAGAUGUAUGAGAAAUACUCCCAGAAAAAGGGAUGGAGAUUUGAAGUUAUUGACAUAAUGGAGUCUGAUUUGAAAGGUUACAAGGAAGCUAGUGGAACAGUGUCUGGAAGUGGCGUAUACGGGAAGCUCAAGUUUGAGAGUGGCAUUCAUAGGGUUCAGCGAGUGCCUGUAACAGAGAAGUCAGGGCGUGUCCAUACUAGUGCAGUAUCAGUUGCUAUACUUCCUCAGGCUGAUGAGGUUGACGUGCAGCUACGUAAUGAGGAUCUGAGGGUCGAUACAUACAGAUCCGGCGGAAGCGGUGGCCAGUCUGUAAACACGACAAACAGUGCUGUUCGAAUCACUCAUAUUCCAACUGGAAUCGCCGUGGCAAUACAAGAUGAAAGGUCACAACACAUGAAUAAGGCUAAAGCACUCAAAGUACUAAGAGCCAGACUCUAUGAAAUUGAAAGGUCCAGACUUCACAUGAACCGUUCGAAGCUUCGCUCGGAGCAGAUUGGAAGUGGCGAUCGAUCGGAGCGGAUUCGAACAUAUAAUUUCCCCCAGGGACGAGUCACAGAUCACCGAGUUGGGAUCACUCACCAUGCUAUUGAGGAUGUCAUGGAAGGUGAGAGCUUAGAUGUUUUCGUAGACGCCCUUCUCUUGCAGGAAGAGAUGGACGACAUUGCCACCUUCAGCGCCUAAUCAGCUUUUUGUGGUAUGCUAUGUGAAAUAUAUUGCAAAGUUUGUUCUAUUUUAUUGGUUUUAUAUGUAUAUUAAUCUUAUACACCUUCGAAAUUAUAUACUAGUUAUUCAAAGUUUUGUAUUGGAUUAUAUACUGGUUAUGAAAUAAUUUGGUUAGUUUAGC